AUGGUGCUACCUGAAAACACCUCCAGACCUUCUGCUGCCAAGAAGGUCCCCAAGCAGCGCCCCCUGCGGCACCAGAGCCUGCCCUCCCCGGCCUUGUGCUGUGCCUGUGGCCUAUGCAUUAUGCUGGCUGGCAUCAACAUAACCCUGGUGGGAGCCUUCGCCUUUGGCACCUUUAUCCCGACUGGCAACCCCCCCAUUGUCAUCGGACCUCUUCUUUUAUUGAUAGCUCUGGCUUUCUUCACAGCCUGCUGUGUGGUCAGCAGAAGACCACCGGCCCACAUGGCUCACAAGGCCAAGGGGGGCGAGAAGUGGGGGCUAAUGCGGAUGGGGACGGCAGCAUUUGAGAUGGAGACCAGUGAGCACACGCUGCAGGACACCACAGCUGUGCAGCUCAGCCCCACCAACUCCCUCAGCUCCUCUCACAAGUCCAGCUCCAGCCACGGGAGUGACGCUGCUCCGGCUGCCUGUCAGGAAGGAGCUUGUGAGCUUAUAUCAGAGUAA